CAGAAGGAGAGAGCAGGAUUCUUUCGUGCAUUUUUAUGCUGAAACAUUCCCAAUCCCAAGAUCGAGACAUUAUUACUAUGGUUUUAAUGGUAAAAUCAAUUAUAUGCUUUCAGUUGAUCUACGAAUGCUUCUUACAAUAACUUGGGUAAAACCUACUUUGUUCUGCAGAUCAAGCUUACUGAAAAGAAUGUUAAUAGUUUAUGACUUUUUUUACCACAAUACGAACUAAUUAUAGCUGUGCCUAUAUUAAAUCUAUAAAGCUGUCACUUCGGUUGUGUAUGUGGUUGGUUUUGGUUUUUUUUUUUUUUUUAAGGCAGCCAGAAAUGGAGCAACUGGUGUUGAGCUGGAUCUUGAAUUUACUGCAGAUGGUGUUCCCAUUCUAAUGCAUGAUGAAACAGUAGAAAGGACGACUGAUGGGUCUGGAAGAUUGUGUGAUUUGACUUUUGAUGAAAUUAGGAGGCUUAAUCCAUCUGCAAAACAUAGGCUAUGGAGCAAAUUCCAAGGUGAAAAGGUACCAACUCUGAGAGAAGCUGUUGUGGAGUCUAUGCAUCACAAUCUUAUAAUCUACUUUGAUGUCAAAGGCCAUGCAAAUCAGGCAGUUGAUGCCCUAAAACAACUCUACCUGGAAUUUCCGCGUUUGUAUAACAACAGCGUAGUCUGCUCCUUCAUGCCAGAUGUUGUUUAUAAGAUGAGACGAGCUGACACAAAUGUUGUAACAGCACUAACACACAGGCCUUGGCAGCUGAGUCAUUUUGGGGAUGGGACACCCCGUUUCAAUUCCUCCUGGAAACAUUAUUCGUAUAUGAUGAUGGAUGUCAUUCUAGAUUGGAGCCUGCACAGUUUCUUGUGGCGAUUGUGUGGCGUCUCAGCUUUCCUCAUACAGAAAAAUUUUGUUUCUCAGGAGUAUGUGAGGCACUGGUCUUCAAAAGGAAUUCAAGUGGUUGCCUGGACAGUGAACACCUUUGCAGAAAAAAGCUACUAUGAAAGUGUCCUUGAAUCCAGCUACAUCACUGACAGCCUGGUGGAGGACUGUGAUCCUCAUUACUAGGCCUGUGCUUUUUAGACACUCGCCAGCCUAAGUACACGGUCUUACUCGGGCAGGUCUGAAUUCACCGUUGAGAGGAUAUCCACCGGUGCAGAUGGGACAGCUAACAACAGUUCUGGGAAGAGGAAGAGCAGUGCUUUAAUUCCACUGUACGGCCAGAUCUUGAAUGCAGAAACUCCUCUGUUGCAACACUGGACAAAGCCGAGGUACGGCCACUCGUAGUCUGAGGAGACUGCACCGUAACAUGAAAGGAUUGGUUUGACAAGCUAAGUGGGUAAUACGCUGUAUGUGCAGGUUGCUUUAUAAUUCUUAGACUGCUCCUUUGCUUUGUUUAAAUCUUGGUUAUAAAGUCAUAUUGGCAACUUUUGGUGGCAAAAUUUAAAAACAUACUUUGAUUUUGGUAAUUUUAAACAGUCUGUUCUGUGACUGUAUAACAACUUGAGGUUGAUUUAUGGCAUCUUAAACAUCUACAUUACUGUUCUCAGAACCUGAAAAUAAUGGUGCCAAAUAGAGAGUGAGUAGAUUUCCUUCCUACUGCAUGGCAAGAUAGCUGCACUGCAUCUUGACAAGGAAAAGAAAGCCAACUUUCCACGUUCAAUGUGAAGACUGAGAAUUAAUGAAUAAAACUUGAAUAUCUUUUUACCUCCCAGCCUUUUUAAAGGAACCAAGUGGGGAUAGAAGAUUGUCCUCUUAUGCUACAGCACAUGAAUGUAUUUAUUUUCAAAAGAAAGCUAUAUAUUGAGUGUUGGUAGUGGUAGAACAAAUAGAGUUUAAAUGUCUUUUUACUUUGCUUAUUGUUUGCAUGAUUGAAGGGCACUGGCAAGGGUAUGUGGGAAACUGUAAUCCAGAUUUAACUUGAAAUCAAAAGAGUCUGCGGUUAUAAUAAACAAGCAUCUGAUAGCUCCUGAGUAGGGUAUUCUUUAUCAGCUGUGCAGCAGUAGCUUGAUGUAAAAUGUCC